CUGAUUUGGUUGAUAAGAGAUUCUAAUUAAUUGCUGUUGGAGACUAGUGAAGAUAUGCUUAUUUUUAUGUCUUAAGUCACUGUUCAGUUUUUGUUUUCGUCAGUGUGCCAUAUAGAGAACAAAUGGACCAGCAGGAGUUUUGUCCCUUGGGAUACUUAAAGGAACACAAAGAUGGUGUCACCCUCAUGAUACUGAAUCAGCCACAGGAUAUUGAUGUAACCUUCAUGAAACAGAUGUGGGCUAAAGCGACGCUGAAGGCGACAGUAGAUGGAGGUACCAAUGUCCUUUAUGACAGUGUGAAGGCUGACCGUGACUUAUACAUCCCCGAUCUCAUCAGUGGAGACUUUGACUCAAUUAGACCAGAAGUUUCAGAGUUUUACAAAAGCAAGGGUGUGGAGAUUGUGUCAACACCAGAUCAAGAUUAUAUAGACUUUGCUAAGGCCCUCAGACUCCUCAUAUCAAAGGUGAAUAUCAAGUCUGCCCAGGUGGAGGUAAUUGUUGCCCUCGGUGCCUUCGGAGGUAGGAUGGACCAGGUUUUUGCUAACAUUGAUGUUCUGCACCAGGCACAGAAACUUACCUCUGUACCUGUAGUCCUAGCCUCUCAUUGUCAGAUGUGUGUCCUUUUGAAGCAGGGAAUGAAGCACUGCCUACAGGUAGAUACAGGCCACGAGGGCGACUGGUGUGGGUUAAUACCUGUUGGACGACCUUGUCUCCACAUCACAACAACAGGACUGAAAUGGAACCUCGAUAACCAAGGAAUGGAGUUUGGUCAGCUGAUUAGCACAUCCAAUGCUCUUGAAGGAAAUGGACUGGUCACCAUAGAAACGGACAAUGAUUUGUUAUGGUGUAUGGAAGUGAAACCUGAUGCUGAAUAACUACCAGAUAUCUGUAGUACGUUAGGAUACGUCAAUGUGGUGCUAUGAAGAUUUGCUUUGAUUUAAACAGCUUUAUUCAAUAUAUUUGUUUUACAAUUUAUGAAAAUGUUUUACAAUUUAUGAAAAUGUUUUACAAUUUUUGAAAAUGUAUGUUAAUUAUUUUACAAUAACUAUUGAUAGCUGUUAGUGUGAUUAACUUGAACAGCUCUUUUUCUUAAUUUAAAAUCAUGUUGAUUAAUAAUUUACAUCAAUAUAUUAUCUUCAUAUUUAAGAAAUAGUAUACCGUAUACUUAAAAAUUCAACCUAUUGAUGUAUAUAUGUAUGUAUAUUUAUAACCAGAAAUACUUUCCCGAUAUUUUUUAGUUUGAAGUCAUUAUCUUUCUUUAAAGUAGUUUUAACUAAUGAAACGAUAGCCAUACGAAUACCCCCACUCCCUGCAUAUCUGUUGCUGUAUGAAUAGUGUUGAGUACUUAUGAUUAAGGUAAAAUAGUUGAACGUUUACCUCAUAAAUGUAUUUUUUUUACAGCACACUAUGAUCAUGUGACCUUCACAUCAAGUCUAACAUCCAUACAUAAAAUGGUAGCCAAGACAUCUGUAAGAGGCUUACAUCUACACCGUACAUGUAUUUUAAACUUGAGGUCAUGUUGAGGUUGAAAAGAACAAAUUUCAUAA